GCGCAGUUCCUGGCGCGCGGCAACCGUUGGGCUUGGUGUUCGCGGGGGACAAGGCUUCCAUGGCUGCAGCCAGCGUGACCCCUCCCAGCUCCCUAGACGUGCUGCAGCCCGGCUUCUCCAAGACUCUCCUGGGGACCAAGCUGGAGGACAAGUACCUGUGCUCGGCCUGUAAGAAUGUCCUGCGCAGGCCCUUCCAGGCGCAGUGUGGCCACCGCUACUGUUCCUUCUGUCUGAGCAGCAUCCUCAGCUCCGGGCCCCAGAACUGUGCUGCCUGUGUGCACGAGGGAAUAUACGAGGAAGGCAUCUCCAUCUUAGAGAGCAGCUCGGCGUUCCCAGACAAUGCUGCCCGCAGGGAGGUGGAGAGCCUGCCAGCCAUCUGCCCCACCGAUGGCUGUACUUGGAAGGGGACCCUCAAGGAGUACGAGAGUUGCCAUGAAGGACACUGCCCGUUCAUGCUGACCGAGUGCCCGGCGUGCAGGGGCCUGGUGCGCCUGUGCGAGAAGGCACGCCACGUGGAGCAGGAGUGCCCCGGGAGGAGCCUCAGCUGCCCGCACUGCCGGGCCCCCUGCUGCUGGGCCGACGUGACGGCGCACCACGAGGUCUGCCCCAAGUUCCCCUUGACUUGCGAUGGCUGUGGCAAGAAGAAGAUCCCACGUGAGAAGUUUCAGGACCACAUCAGGACCUGCGGCAAGUGCCCAGUGCCCUGUCGGUUUCACGAAGUCGGCUGCCCCGAGAUGGUGGAGACCGAGAAGCAGCAGGAGCACGAACUGCAGCAGCUCCGGGAGCACCUGGCCAUGCUGCUGGGCGUACUCCUGGAGGCCAAGCACCUGUCCCUGGGCCCAGGGCCAGAGCUCUCCAAGGCUGCGGAGCUCCUGCGGAGGUGUGAGGCCUUGGAGAGGAAGACUGCCACCUUUGAGAACAUUGUGUGUGUCCUGAACCGGGAGGUGGAGAGGGUGGCCAUGACUGCUGAGGCCUGCGGCCGGCAGCACCGGCUGGACCAAGACAGGAUUGAAGCCCUGAGUAAUAAGGUGCAGCAGCUGGAGAGGAGCAUCGGCCUGAAGGACCUGGCAAUGGCCGACCUGGAGCAGAAGGUUCAUGAGAUGGAGGCAUCCACCUUCGAUGGGGUGUUCAUCUGGAAGAUCUCGGACUUCGCCAGGAAGCGCCAGGAGGCUGUGGCUGGCCGCAUACCAGCCAUCUUCUCCCCAGCCUUCUACACCAGCAGGUACGGCUACAAGAUGUGCCUGCGUGUGUACCUGAAUGGGGAUGGCACCGGGCGUGGCACACACCUGUCUCUCUUCUUUGUGGUGAUGAAAGGCCCCAACGACGCCCUCCUGCGCUGGCCCUUCAACCAAAAGGUGACCCUCAUGUUGCUUGACCAGAACAACCGGGAGCAUGUGAUUGAUGCCUUCAGACCCGAUGUGACCUCAUCUUCUUUCCAGCGGCCAGUCAGUGACAUGAACAUUGCAAGCGGCUGCCCCCUCUUCUGCCCUGUCUCCAAGAUGGAGGCCAAGAAUUCCUAUGUGCGGGAUGAUGCCAUCUUCAUCAAGGCCAUCGUGGACCUGACAGGGCUCUAGCCACCUUCAACUAGGUCAGGUCAGGGGCAGCCUGGCCAGCGUCUUGGUGACAGCAACCAUGCUGGGCCUGGGCCUCGCUGUGGUGGGCAGGAGCUGAGUUCAGGUCCUGUCCCGCGGGGAAGGAGCCACCUCCAGGGGAGGGCGCUCAGCCCCAGGUCAUGGCUGGGCCGUGGGCCUGGAGAGCUUACCGCAGGCUGUCCUGUGGGUGCUCGGAGCUCUUGCCAUGCAGCAGGAGCAGCUGGGCAGGUGAGCAGAGGGCAAGCGGGUUGCAAGGGGAGGGCCACCCCAACUAGGAGCCCCAGUGCCUGGUCCUACCCUGUGGCCCUGGAGAGAAGGGACAGUCUAGGGCCUGGCCGUGGUCUGAGGGGACCUGCUCUGCCAGCCUGGCCAGGCCAGGGGGCAGGGAGGGGCCUCGGCCUUAGAGCAUCCUGUCAGCUUGCCCCUGUGGCAUGUGCAGGGUGCACACUCAGUCUCCCCAAGAGAUAUGUCAGCUGCCCCGUCAGGCUGCGGGAAAGUUGUCAUUAAAUCGUUACACCUCUGUGAUUAAGUGGUGUCCGUUGGCUCCAGCCUUGGUGGUGGUGGACUUGCAGGGGCUCCUUCCUGGCCUCACAGCCUGGCCUGCAUCUCCAGCUCCCCAAGUAGCUCUGUGGGUUCCCUGACACUCCAGCUCACUCCUGCAACAUGGUGAAGCUGGCGGCUCUUUCUUCUGGAAUGUUCUUUGCCAGCUGUCUCCUCCCUCAGACCUUCCAGGGGCUGCCUCGAGAGCAGUUCUGGGCCUGCCCCACCCUAUGGAGCAUGCAGGGACCCCAGCUGGGGGAGCAGCCAGUGGCUUUGUUGGUGUUUGGGGACCUGACAGCAACAUUGCCCCUCCCUCCCCCAAACCAGGACUUCUCUGGGCGCCAGCAGCCGCAGACCCCUGGGGUAGCCUGGCCACAGGUGGACCUCAGUAGAUCCGGGUCAGGCCUCAGCCUCUGGGGUGAGGAUGGGUGGCUGUCCUUAUUUUUGGGACCUGUGAGCCAGGCUGGCACAACUGCCUGGGCAUCUUCAGAGAGAACCCUUAACAUCUGACUGCCCUUGACACUGUCACUGUCUCUCUGGGGAAGUUAAAGGACAGAAAAGCAGAGAGAAUGAUGAAAUAAGCAUGUGUGUCCAUCCCUGGAUCCACACAUGGGAGCUGUUGCACCUGAAGCACCUCCUUAGCUCCAGGCACCAUCUUCAGCAGUUUGCUGGGCUUAAAUUUUCUUUCACUGUUUCUUUAUCCACAAACAAGACUAUUGCACUUUUAAAA